UCUUUAAAGAAAACAUCACUUGUACCCAUGAAGACCUCAAACAACAUUAGUUUUGCAUGGUUUAUAACCAUUUCAAUGUUGUGUUUGCUUGCAAAUUCUCAACUAACAACAAACUUCUACUCACAAUCAUGCCCUAAGCUUCAAUCUAUUGUAAGGAGACAAGUUACGAUGGCGCUUAAAACCGAAAUGAGAAUGGCUGCUUCUUUGCUUAGGCUUCAUUUCCAUGAUUGUUUUGUAAAUGGUUGUGACGCGUCGAUUUUACUUGAUGGAGCUGAUGGAGAGAAGUUUGCUUUACCAAACAAUAACUCGGCUAGGGGAUACGAGGUGGUGGAUGCGAUUAAAACCGCCGUGGAAAGUUCAUGCAGCGGAGUAGUUUCUUGUGCUGAUAUUCUGACCAUAGCGGCUCGUGAUUCAGUUGUCCUGAGUGGAGGAACAGGUUGGCCAGUGUUACUAGGAAGACGAGACGGAUUUGUAGCAAACCAAUCCGGGGCUAACUCAAAUUUACCCGCACCCUUUGAGAACAUUGGUAACAUUACUCUCAAGUUUGAAGCCGUGGGCCUCAACCUCACAGACGUCGUGUCUCUUUCAGGUGCGCAUACGAUUGGGCAAGCAAGUUGCGCGACAUUUGGAAACAGAUUAUUCAACUUCUCAGGAACGAAUGCUCCCGACAGUACGUUGCUUGACCAGAAUAUGCUAACGGGCCUACAGAAUCUAUGUCCAGUAAACGGAGAUAGUAGCCGAACAUCACCUCUUGACUGGAACUCGACGGACCUUUUUGACAACCAUUACUUCCAAAACUUGGUCAAGGGGCGGGGAGUUCUUGAAUCCGAUCAAAUCUUGUAUUCGAGUGAUGAGGCUUUGACAACUACGCGAAGUCUUGUUGAGCUCUACAGCAACGACAAGGAUGCUUUCGCCAAUGAUUUUAAAAAUUCCAUGAUCAAAAUGGGGAAUAUACAACCCCUCACAGGAUCUGCUGGUGAGAUUAGGAGGAAUUGCAGGGUGGUUAAUUCAUAAAUUCGUCCGGUUUCAAGAUUAUGUACAAGAUUUAGUUACAUCCAUAUAACUCUUAGGAUCUAAAAUGAUAAUUAUGAAUAAAUGAACUUGUGUUUUUUAUUAA